ACAGCCUGAUCAGAAAGUUGGUGUCUGAGGAACAGCCUCGGCUGCCUCCCACUUGACUACACUGGCUUAGGUCCAAGGCUCCCUUACUCAUGGGGCCUCCCUGGGCCCAGAAUUUCCUGACAGGUGCUCUCUGCCUGCCUGUGUUCUGGGCAGUCCUGUGCCCUGCCUGCUGCUCCCAUGACCCACCAAUAUGGCGCUUCACUUCCUCCGAAGUUUUGAUCCCCAGGAAGGAGCCCCACAGAGUGGAUGGAAGCAAGAUGCCAGACCAGCUCUCCUACAGCAUGCGCUUCCGCGGCCAAAGACACGUGAUCCGCAUGAAGCUCAAGAAGAACUUUCUGCCCAGACACUUUCCUGUUAUUACCAACAAUGACCAGGGGGCCAUGCAAGAGGACUACCCGUUUGUCCCUUGAGACUGUUACUACUACAGCUACCUGGAGGGGGUUCCUGGCUCCACAGCCACGCUGGACACCUGCUCUGGAGGUCUGCGAGGCAUGCUGCAGGUGGAUGAUUUUACUUAUGAAAUCAAACCACUGGAAGCUUCUUCCAAAUUUGAGCAUGUGGUUUCUCAGCUUGUGUCACAGUAUGCAUCAGAGGAAGAUGAAAGGUGUACCAUUCCAGAGGAAGAGGCAAUUCAAGAACUUGAAGAAGUAAAACUUGCUGAAAGUCCAAGAGCAACCCCUGUCUAUUUGUGGCGAGUACACAUGAAACAGGCAAAUAUUCACUACACAAUAAGUAACUCACUCUGGCUGCAGGAGAAAAAUUACAGUCGUCUUGUAGAGAAUGUAGUGAUUAUAAACAACAUAAUACAUAGCAUUUACAGACCAAUGGGCUUAAAUAUCUACGUACGUGUUUUGUUCAUUUGGGAACAGUGGGAUUAUGUAGACUUACAAACCAUCCCAGUUAGACUUGCGAUAUCAAACUUUGGUUUAUAUAAACUACAUGCUUGGUUUCACAAAAUUCCUCAUACAACUUCAAUGCUUCUUACAGGACAUAAAGUAGCAAACACCACUUAUUUUAGUAACCCUGGAGGCCUUUGCAAUGCGAAUUGGGGAGCAAUGUAUGUGUUUAUAAUAAGGUAUCACCUAUUUCUAGGUGCAUCAGUUUUGGCACAUGCACUAGGUCAUAACAUAGGAAUGCGACAUGACUCUGCAGGUUGUGCCUGUUUUCGAAGAACCAGUUGUCUUAUGGCUCCUGUGCCAGAUCUUCAUGAUGUAGCAAGUAAUUGUUCUUUUGAAGCAUUACACAAAAGGAUUCAUGGUUAUGAUGCUUGCUUGAGUGUGAGAUAUCCUCCAUACUAUAAUUUUCCUUAUGUAGCUCCUCGUUGUGGAGACAGGAUAGUAAAUAACAAAGAGGAAUGUGACUGUGGCUCCCUUAAAGAAUGUACCAAAAAUACGUGUUGUGGAACCAAUUGUCUGUUCACUCCUGGCACUCUGUGUGACAUGGGGGAUUGCUGCUAUCGUUGUAAAUAUGCUGGUCCUGGAACUAUUUGCAGAGACAAGCUUGGUAUUUGUGAUCUGCCGGAACAUUGUGAUGGGAAAGUGGAGAAAUGUCCUGACAACUUUUACAUCCAAGAUGGAACCCCAUGUUCCCCAAACGCUGUUUGUAUGAGAGGAAACUGCAGUGACCAUGAUUUGCAAUGUCAAGCUCUGUUUGGAUACAAAGUAAAAGAUGCUUCAUCUCUAUGCUAUGAGAAAUUGAACACAAUAGGUGACCGAUUUGGAAACUGUGGACUUAAGCUACAGAGACAUGGAAGUGUGCCUGCUCAAUGUUUACCUACUGACGUUCUUUGUGGAAUACUGCACUGUAGUCGUCCUGAAAAUGUUCCAGGGGGAGGUGAGCACACUACAUGUCAUGAUAUAAUAGUAAAAGAAGAUACAGAGGAACACUGUUUUGGUUAUGAUGUACACCAUGGGACAGAGAUACCAGAAAUAGCACUUGUAGUAGAUGGUGCAACCUGUGGCCCAGGAAAAUACUGUCUUCAUCAGAAUUGUACUUUUCAUCAAGACUUGUAUUUUGACUGUGAUGUGCAGGUGUGCCAUUUCAGAGGAGUGUGUAAUAAUAAAAAGCAUUGCCACUGUCUGCGUGGUUAUAAACCACCAAACUGUACAGAUAAAGGACCAGGUGGCAGCGUGGAUAGUGGCCCUCCACCUGACAGAGAAGAAGGUAUUCGAGCCCAUAUAAUUGUCAGUCUAAACCAGGAAUUACUUCUAAUUAUUAUUCGCUUGGGUCUUUUUCUGGCUGCAAUUCUUGUCAGUGUACUUACAAAAUAAAAAGAAGUAUAGAAAAGAAAGUGUAUCAUGAUAAAUUUGCAUGAUUCUGAGUAAACAUUUACGGGAGCUACACUGACAAACA